UACUAAGAAAUUCGUAGAAAAUACCUUUACGUAUAAUUCGGCAGAGUUUUCUGACCAAAUGAGAAUUCCUGAUGUACCCAAUGCCCUCUUCGUGUACCUCUUGAAAAGGGGCGGAGGAAACAUGCUCGAUAAAAAUGUUCUUUCGGAUGUACGAUUAAUCGAUGAAGUCGUACAAAACGUAACAUUUGAUAGUGAUGGGAAACAGAAGGGUUAUCUCGAUGUUUGCGCUUUAAAUAACGACAAAUGCUUCCAAAACCCGAUUAUUGAAGUGAUGUCAGAAGUGGGAAUAAAUUCCAUUCUGCAGAAAAGGACAAAGUUAAAAUAUCCCAUUGAUAUAGAUUUAUUGUCUUUCACCUAUAAAAUUUACUUCGCGAAUUUGGGAGGUGUAGUUCUGGAUGACAAUAACUUUAUAGAUGAAGCUAAUGCGAUGAUGUUAUAUUAUUCAACAGACGAUAAGAAUGAAGAGAAGAGAAAAACAUUUGAACAAUGGUCUACUUUCGUUUACGACACAAUUCAGAAAUAUAACUUUACUUAUGUUAAUACUUAUCCCGAUUCUCCUUUAUUCAUCGAGAAAGAAUUUAGGAAAGAAUUUCAUAAGAUACAGCCUAAAAUUGGAGGUUUAGUAGCGUUUAUGAUAAUAUUUUCAAUAUUGUUCUGCAUGAGCAACAGUUGGGUUCGAAGUAAACCCGUGCUUGGUGUAGCCAGUGUCAUGUCGGCUGGAUUAGCGGUUGUCUCUUCUUUCGGAUUAAUGUCGGCGUUAGGUAUAGAAAACAUUUCGUGGAAUGCCACAAUUCCAUAUCUAGUGCUUGUGACGGAGAUAGAUGAUGCAUUUGUAGUAAUAGGCUGCUGGAGAGUAACUAAUCCCAAGCAGAAAGUCGAGAAACGCAUGGAAGCGACAUAUUGUGAAGCUGGACUUUCCAUCACUUUGACUUCAGUCACAAACUUCAUUUCUUAUUGCAUCGGAAUGAUGAGUCCGUUUCCUUUUGUUAGAAUAUUCUGUUAUUAUACAGCGACUUGCAUCGUAUUCACGUUCCUGUAUCAGAUGACGUUUUUCGGGGGUUGCCUGGCAUUAAGUGGAUACAGAGAGAAGCAGAAUUGUCUUUCCUUUACGUUAUUUACUCGAGCACAAUCCGAAGAAAAUACUUUGGCAGAAGACGAAAUUCAAGAAGAAGCUUCCAUGGUAUUUUUUAAAGAUGUGUUAGGAAAAAUACUAUCGAAUCCAGUUUUGAAGAUGAUUGUUGUCUUUAUCUAUAUCAUUAAUUUAUCACUUGGAAUUUGGGGUGCUCAUUCUAUUGAACAUGGAUUAAAGUACGAGCAUUUAUUUGCCGAAGGUACUUUGCUUCAACAAAGCUCUCGAAUUCGAAUGAAAUAUUUUGCAGAUUACGUUUAUCCUUUUCACAUAAUCAUCAAUAAGACUUUAGAUUACUCAGAUAUAAAAGUUCAAGAAUCCAUAGAAAAUCUCUUAAAAAGAUUCGAGCAACAUUCGAAUGUGGCCGAAGAGCAAUACACUGUAUCGUGGUUAAAGUUUUAUAAGGAGUUUCAGAAUAGUCCUGUUGCGAAAUUUUCGUUAGGAGGUUAUAACAUGUCGAACAAACAGGAUUUCAUCGAUGGUCUUCGUAACGUUUUCUUCAAAAUACGCGCAGCCAAGUCACUAUCUAAUGAUAUCGUCUUCAACAGCGACGGAACUGACAUCUUGUAUAGCAGAUUUUUUAUCAUGGGUAAGAAUUUGAAUUCUUCACAAACAGACAGAGACACAUUGAAAGAAUUAUGGAAAAUUGCUGAAAAAUCCGAUAUUCCUGUUUUGGUGCACUGUAUGAAAUCGGGUGUAGUUGACCAAGGUAUAAUCAUAGAACAUACAAUUUAUCAAUUAUUUUGGAUUACGGCCGUUUUAAUAACUAUAAUCUUUUUCUUAAUGAUACCGAACGUUCUAGUUGCCCUUACUGUUGCCAUAUCUGUUGUAUGUUCAAUAAUAGAAACAUUGGGUUACAUGUCAUUGUGGGGCGUCAAUUUGGAUAUAUUCUCUAUGAUGAAUCUUAUUCUGUGUGUUGGAUUCAGUGUGAAUUACCCUUGUCAUAUGUCUUAUGCUUAUAUUACGUCAUCUAAGAAGACUGCGAACGAGAAAAUGAGAGAUUCUUUGUAUCGUAUUGGGUUUUCUGUUAUUCAAGGUUCAUUGUCCACAGGAUUAGGAAUAUUGAUUUUAUAUUCGGAUGUGUAUUUUCUGUCGACAUUUGUGAAAAUCGUAGUGCUUAUUGCUAUAGAAACGGCAUUUCAUGCUUUGUUUUUUAUACCUGUUGUUUUGUCUAUGAUUUUCCCCUUAUUUGAAAAGUCACAAAAUACUUUAAUUUUGUUAAUAAAUCAUCGCCCUGGUCGUCCUAAGACUACUUCGUAAAUAAGGUGUUUUAAAGAAUAAAUUUUUUCAUUACAUUGGAAAUGACUUUUAUAUUGGUACUGGUAUACAAAAAGAUUGUCUGUUAAUUAAAAUUUGAGUUUUAAUUAUUUUAUUAUU